UCGUGCUCGUCACCGACUGCAGUAAAACGACUACGAUUGGCCGAGAGAUUUUUGCGCGGUGCAUUUCAGCCAAUCAGAGCUUUGUUUUCGCGCUCGUAUGCAAAGCCUCAGAUAAAUGGCGAACGGAAGGGCAAACUAUAAACAAAUACAACAGAACUGGACAUUUUUAGACGGAUUGUGACUUUUAAGAGAAAAGUGAUUAUAUAUCACGAAUGCUCUGGGUAAAUACAAACGGAAAUAUUCGAUAUGCGACCGUCAGCGAGAAUUUAAACUAGCCUCAUUCAGCGUUAGGAAGCCACCUAGGCCUGCUGACAUUUGCGCAGACUUGGAAUUUGGUAGUGCUGUAAUGCGAACGCGGGCUCUGGAUAGAGACCCGCACAGUUAACUCAAUCAGCGUUUAAAAUUUAAAAUAAUCAUAUACGUCUGACAAAGCUACAGCCAGUCGGGAUCAUGAGUACAAACUCGGACAGCGGUCAGCCGUCCGAAACUAACCAGAGGAAAAGAAGUCCAAGUGGGGAGUCUGACUCCACGCUGCCCAAGCAGGCGAAAGUAAGUGAUGGGGAACCGAGGAAUGACUCUCACGAGGAUGCAGAACCUGAGAAAGUUGGCAACGACGAGUCAAAACGUGGAUCCGAGCGUCCCGAAGACGCUAAAGAGAAGGACACUGUGAUUCUGAAUGAAGCGGACGCGCAGGAGAGCGCGGGGCAGGCUGGUGGAGGUGAGAGCGAGCGGCGGCCGUCGGACUCCGCCGCCAUCGCCGCAGCAGAAGCGCUCGCCAGUCUGACCGGCGGGGACGCGGACGAAGACUGCAAAGAAAUGCCCUGUUCGUCAAAAAAAGCGAGCCGAGAGAAAUCAAGGGACAAGUCGAAUCGUCCCGGUUGCUCUCAGAGCGAGAGAAGGACGGAGGCGGCCGCGGCUGACAGUUCCUCGUCCCUGCUGCUCUGCGAGGACAGAGAAGAUCCAGAACAGGCUUCGUUCGUGGAUGAUGAUGAUGAGGAGGAGGAGGAGGAUGACGACUCUCUUCCCGGAUCUUCCUCCACGGCCAGCUCGUCGGUCGCCUCUGACAAUGAGGACAACGAGGAUGGAGAGUGUGCCAUAGUGUCGGUGAAGAUGGCCCCGGAGGUGCGGCAGUCCGUGGCGCUGCUCGCACAGGUGCAGAUGAGGCUGGACGCGCUGGAGAAGAAAGGUGCGCGUCUGCAUCAACGCCUGGAGAUGAAACUGAGCCGCCAGCGACGCCCUCACCUGGACCAGCGCAGCGCCAUCACUCAGGCCAUCCCAGGCUUCUGGGUCACCGCUCUUCUGAAUCACCCACAUCUAUCAGCACAAAUCGAUGAGACCGAUGAAGAUGCUCUAAGUUACAUGACUAAUUUAGAGAUCGAGUCUUUCAAGAACAACAAACUUGGUUACCGCAUCUGCUUCCAUUUCCGGAGAAAUCCCUUUUUUCAAAACAAAAUGAUUGUGAAGGAGCUUCAUCUUGGUAUGGGAGGGUCUCCGGUCUCGUUCUCAAACCCAAUUUUGUGGCACAGAGGUCAGAAUCUGGUCGGUAGUGGAGAGCCGCGUCGAACGUCACAGGGAGUCUACCAGAGCUUCUUCCAUUGGUUCAGUGACCACAGCAAUCCAGGAAGGGAUGAGAUCGCACAGAUCCUGAAGGAUGACUUGUACAGAAACCCAUUGAGGUACUAUCUGACUCCACUCUGGGAGCCGCGAGAGAAUGGAAGCGGUCCCAAACCUCAGGGCAGCAAUAAUGGAGACGAGUGCGUGAUCAUCUCGGAUUCAGAUGAAGAUGAGGAGAAGAGCCAAAACUUGGGCCAAGAGGAUGAAGAUGAUGACCAAGUCGGAGGCUCAGAGGAGAACGACAGAGACGAGGGGGAGUCGUCCUUCGAGGAGAGAGAUGAAGAGGAAGUGGAUGUUGAGGAAGUAGAAGAGUCACAUGACUCCGGUGGCUGUGAGGUCAGAGAGCAAGGACAGGAAGAGGAAGAUAUUGAUGUAGAUGAAGAGAAGAGUUAGGACACUGGGAUGUCUCUGUUUCUUUUUAUGCAGAAUAGCAUCAUUAGAAUUUUCUAUGGUCUAUUUUACUCCUAUUGUUUCCUGCAUAAAUUAAGAGUCUGUUUCAGAUAACAUGUGGUUAAUGAUGCUUAAUGAUCAGGGGUUAACUAUGUCUUCAUUGUAGAUGGUACUUUCUAUACGUCAGAUUCAGUGUGUGCACUCCUCCGAAAUCACGUUUUCCUUCAGAUGUCAUCUUAUUUUACACUUAUGACUUUGCAUUAACAGAUUUCAGAGGGCUACUGAUAUCUUUUAUCUCACAACGGACUGUUUAAAGCUUGGGAUCAUAGACUGCACUUAGUUUAGUUUUUGUAUGACGGUGUACAGUAGCAUUGUCUCAGAACCAUGACCAUUCGCACACCAUGCUUUCCUGUCUGGAUGUUUUACUGGCCUAAUCAUGUUUUUCGGUCAUUGCUGUAAUAUUUUUUGGGUUAAUUGUUGUUUGUGUUACUUUAUCCUCAUCUGCCGAAUUCGAUCAUCAUGAAGCAACUGGUUUCCUUGCCUAGUUAUUUUUCACAAACUCCAGCACCACACUUUGCUUAUAAGGAGAAAGGUCAAACAUUCUAAAAAGCACUUCAUUCUGAACCAAAACUCGAUAUCUCAGGGAUGUUUACUCUCUUAUCCUCCUUAUUAAAGAAAAACCCAUCUACAGCAUAAGCUUCAUUUCUUCGGUUUUGUGUCAUUAAUACGUCACGUCUUUUGUGUAUCGAUAAACCUUUAAAUAAUUGUAGUUUAUUUUACUUUGUUUACAUAAGCAGAUGAAAUCCUGUCACUUGGUACCUCUUGCUACGGCGAUCAUGUGAUCCUUAAAACUAUUUUCGUCCCGUCUAGAAAUGACACUGUCAACACAUGAACGAUAACAUUUAUUCACUUAUUUAAUUGAUCAAAAAAGCAGCAAGGCCAUCUCGUGAUGUUUUUUUUUUUUUGUUUGUUUGUUUGGGUUUUUUUCCCCCUUUUGACAGCAUGUUGUGUGCGUUCUAUACUCAAACUUCUGUGUCCAGUUAAAUGCUUAGAGAAUAUUGUAAAAAUAGUGAAUCCGUACACAUUUUUUUUUCACAUUAUCUUUCAUAUUCAUAUCAUUUUUUUCAUUUAUUUCUAAUGGUAUUUCUUUUGCUCCUUUGCAAUAAUUUUUUGAACUUUGGUCAGUCGGUUUUUAGAGCGAAACCAUUCUAAACGAUCUUCUAGGUAUCUGUAAUAAGGCAAUUGUGUUAAAAGAUUGAUUUAGAGUUUUUGACCUGUAAAAGUUUGGUUUAAAAACGAAAAGCUGUUAACUCAUUGUAAGUAUACUGGAUUGUACUUGUUUUACCUGCAAGGCCAGUGGUUUGUACAUAAUCCUCUCCCUUAAAAAGGGUUUAUAAUUUGUUAUUGAAUUAUUAGGGUAGAUUUGACCUACAGUAUCAAAGAAAAACUAUAUUUUGUGUGCUAAAUUUUAUAGAGAACUACAAUUUUUAAAUAUGUGUUUUUGUUUUGGUUUUUGUUUUCCAUGUCGAAUAAAGUUUUUGUCUUUUCAUUCACAA